AUGUUGCCAACUCUGCCGCUCCUCCUCUUCCUACUACUACUACUCCCAGUCCCACUUUCACCGGCCUCGCCGCCGGCGGUCCAAACUUGCCAAGAUUUCAUCCACUGCCUCAUCUCCGGCGGCGGCGGCUUUCCGAGCAAUCUCAUAUACGCCCCAUCCAACCCAAACUACUCCACAAUCCUCGAAUCCACAAUCCGUGACGCCAGAUUCAACUCCACAUCCACCCCCAAACCUUCAUUAAUCCUCACCCCAAUUUCCACCUCCCAAAUCCAAGCCGCCGUCCUCUGUUCCCGCCGCCACGACUUCCACAUCCGAAUCCGAAGCGGCGGCCACGACUACGAGGGCCUCUCCUACUCCUACUCUUCCCAUCAACAAACUCCCUUUCCCCCAUUCGCCGUCCUCGACCUCGCCUCUUUCCGAAACGUCACCGUAAAUCGGGCCGAGAAGACGGCGUGGGUCCAAUCCGGCGCCGUUUUGGGGGAGCUCUACUACCGAAUUGCGAAAAGGAGUCCCCACCUCGCGUUCCCUGCCGGGGUCACCAACACCGUCGGCGUCGGCGGCCACUUCAGCGGCGGCGGGUUCGGGUUCCUUGUCAGGAAAUUCGGCCUCGCUGCGGAUAACGUAAUCGACUGCAGAGGUAGAAUUCUUGAUCGAGCUUCCAUGGGUCAAGAUUUCUUCUGGGCCAUACGCGGUGGCGGGGGAAACACCUUCGGAAUCGCCGUCGCCUGGAAAAUUCGACUCGUCACCGUUCCAUCCACCGUCACAGUGUUCAGCGUCGUGAGAACGAUCGAACAGAAUGGUCUGGAUAUCGCCAACAAAUGGCAAUCCGUCUCCAGCAAGCUCCCCAAGGAAUUAUCCCUCGACCUCUUGCUGACAACCACAAACAGAACAAAAAACAGAGCAACAAUUAAAAUAGCAAUCUUCAGCGCUCUGUUUCUGGGGAAAACCGAUAAGCUCCUAAACCUGAUGCAGAGCAAAUUUCCCGAGCUGGGUCUCACCGGAGAAGACUGCAAGGAAAUGACCUGGCUCGAAUCGGUCGUGUUCCACGGCGGAUUCCCCAGCAACGCCACCGUAGAGGCGCUGCUCGACCGGAGCAAAAACUCGCCUCUGGUUUGGACCCUGAAGUACAAAUGCAAAUCGGACUUCGUUCGAGGCGACCCGAUUCCUGAAUCCGCUCUGUUGAAAAUGUGGGAGAAGCUGAUGGAGAUCGAGCCGGAGUUCGGGGGUAUUCUGAUGUUUCCAUGGGGAGGGGAAAUGGAGGAGAUUUCGGAAUUCAGGAUUCCGUUUCCACACAGGGGCGGGAACUUGUAUAUGAUCCAGCACAUGGCGUAUUGGAGCGAUGAAGGGGAGAGGCAUGUGGGUUGGUUGAGGGAGUUGUAUGAUUUGGCGGGGGAUUAUGUUUCGAGGGAGCCCAGGUCUGCUUAUGUGAAUUACAGAGAUCUGGAUAUUGGGAUGAAUGGAGAAGAAGAAGAAGGGUACGAGAGGGCUAGGGUUUGGGGGGAGAAGUAUUUCGGGAAGAAUUUUGAGAGGUUGGUGAGGGUGAAGACGGCUGUGGAUCCUGAGAAUUUGUUCAGGAAUGAACAGAGUGUUCCUCCAUUGCCGAGAGGGAUUCGGAGUCAGAGGAUUGCUGCUGGUUCUCAAUUUGAUCGAUGCACAUUGUGA